AGCCGUCAUCUCGUACUUAGUACCGGAGCGUGGAGUUUGGAGUCUGCCCCUCGAAUCCAGAUAAACACCGAGAGAGCUGAAGGAAUCAGGCACCCAUCCUCUCUCUGGCCCGCAGACCUCUAACGCGCGCACCACACAGCGAGCCAACCAUGCUGCGGCUUGCUGGACUCUUACUAUGUGUGACCUCCUUUUUAAGUACCUCAUCUCUUGGUGCGAGCGCUGGACCGCAGCUGGAUAAUGACAAACUCUACAGAUACAGCUACAGCGCUGAGCUCGGGCUGAACAGGCCGACGGGAUCCACUAGGGGGAAUGCUGGAUUCAGGAUUAGCAGUGAUGUGGACAUCAGCCUCGUCUGGAGGAACCCAGAGAUCCAGGACGAACAGCUACUUCAAGUGCAGAUUUCAAAUGUUCAAGUUGAAAGUGCUGGAAAGCGCUCCCGCAAAAACAACAUCUUCCACGGCAGCUCAGCAGAAAGCAUUCUGGGUAAAGUCAGGCUUGAGGCACUUCAGAGGCCCUUCAUGGUGCUGUGGAAGAUGGGCAAGAUCAGAAGCCUGUAUGCCCAUAAGGGUGAGCCUGCUACCAUCAAAAACUUGAAGAGGGGUGUGGCGAGUAUGCUAAUGAUGCAGCUAAAGUCCGGGAAGAUGAUGGAGGCUGAUGCUUCAGGGAAAUGUUUAGUUGAGUACAAGGCUACCAAACAUCAGGUGAUCCGUACAAAACACUUGGAUACUUGCAAAACGCAAGAGAAGGGAUUCACUACUCACAGCCCAGUAUUGGGCGUCAGUGGGAAGUCUGCUUCUGAAACAGUAAUCACUCUGGAGAAUGGCAUCAUUAAGUCUGCUGAUGCUGAAGAAACACACAUUUUGUCCAUCAAUGCUCAUCACACAGCUGCAACUAAAGUCCUGUCCAGGCAGUCAUUGACGCUUAAAAAGAUCGAGGUAGGGCCAGCAGAAGUGGCGGGUAAAGAUGUCGCAGGUGUGGUGAAGUCUCUGGAUGACAAAUUCAUGUCUGUUGGAGUCAUAGUGGAGAAAGUUAAAGCCAAAUGCAAGGGAUGCCCCAAUCUGAUGGACACAUGGAAGGCGGUGAGGUCUCAGCUGGAGCCGAACUCACUCUCUAAAGCAGAAGCCCCAAGAAGCUUCAUCACGCUCUUACACAGCCUGCGCAAAGCCAGCAAGGCAGAGAUCCUCACAGUACUGCGCAACUGCAGCAAGACUGCGCUGCCUCAGCUGGUGGAUGCAGUCACAUCAGCUCAGACUCCAUCUUCUCUCUCAGCCAUUCUGGAGUUCCUGGACUUCAGCAAGAAGGAAGGUUUAGUGCUACAGGAGCGCUUUCUGUACGCAUGUGGUUUUGCCUCCCACCCUACAGAGACCAUGCUGCAGUCCCUGCUGGAUGUGUCUCAAGGAAAGAUUGGCAGCGCAGACAUUAAGGAGUCAGUUGUGAUCAUCAUGGGAGCUCUGCUCAGGAAACUCUGCCUGAAAGGAGCAUGUGAACUACCUACAGUGGUUAAGGUGAAAGAGCUGCUGUUGGCAGGGCCUGACAGCACUCAGGUGGAGUCUGAGGUUCAGAUGUACCUGCUAGCAUUGAAGAACGCUCUUCUGCCCGAGGCUAUUCCUCUUCUUGCCAAAUAUGCUGAGUCGGAGGUGGGAGCGUAUAGCACCAUUGCCAUCACAGCGCUGCAGAGAUACAACCCUGAGCUUAUCAUACCAGAGGUGAAAAAGACAGUGAACCGCAUAUACCAUCAGAACCAGCGUAUUUAUGAGAAGAACGUUCGUGCCGCGGCAGCUGAUGUGAUUAUGAGCAGUAGUCCUUCCUAUAUGGAAGUGAAGAACGUUCUGCUCUCCAUCGGACACCUGCCGCAUGAGAUGAACAAAUACAUGCUGUCUAAAGUCCAGGACAUAUUGCGCUUCGAGAUGCCAGCCUGUAAAUUGGUACGACAGGUGAUGAAGGACAUGAUUUCCCACAACUAUGACAGAUUCUCGAAGACUGGGUCAUCAUCUGCUUUUUCAGGCUUCAUGGCACAAACUGCUGAUGUCACUUCUACCUACAAUUUGGACAUCCUGUACUCUGGCUCAGGUGUAUUGAGGAGAAGCAACAUGAACAUUUAUGGUCAGAGCAACGGUGCCCUCCUUCAUGGCCUCCAGGUGACAAUUGAAGCACAGGGUCUGGAGUCUCUAAUUGCAGCCACGGCAGAUGAAGGAGAAGAAGAACUGGAGUCUUUUGCUGGAAUGUCUGCUCUGCUGUUCGAUGUUCAGCUCCGCCCAGUGACCUUCUUCAAGGGCUACAGUGACCUGAUGUCCAAAAUGUUCUCUAUGUCUGGAGAUCCGAUCAAUGUAGUGAAGGGCCUUAUUUUGCUGACAGACCACUCACAGGUCAUUCCUCUUCAGUCUGGUCUAAGAGCCAGUGCCGAGUUUCAAGGCGGUCUGGCCAUCGAUAUCUCUGGAGGGAUGGAGUUCAGCUUAUGGUACAGAGAGUCUAAGACGAGCGUUAACAACAGGGGAGCUCUGGUCAUCAUCGGUAAUGUGACAGUGGAUAUGGACUUUGUAAGCGCUGGAGUGGAAGUAGGUUUUGAGACCGAAGCCACCUUGGACUUCAUCACCACUGUGCAGUUCUCCGAGUACCCCUUCCUCGUCUGCAUGCAGAUGGACAAAACCACUUUCCCCUUCAGAGAGAUGGUGUCCAAGCAGGAGAAGCUGCCCUCAGGACAGACAUUCUCCUCAAAGAGGAGCAGAGAUCAGCUGGUGCCGGGCUCAGAAUUUCCUCUGCACCAGGAGAACUCUAACAUGUGCAAGAAAGUCUUUGAGCAGGCCUGGUAGACCAGCUGGGAGCGCACUGGACGCUUUAGCUAGCAAAUGUAAAAGGUUUUCAUACAGACAACCACUCUGUACAAGUAUGUUUUGCGGUGGCUGUAUGUGCUAAAACCUUGAGUCAGUCAGGCAUGUGGACACUUAAAAAUAAAGGUUUUUUUUGUUUGUUUGUUUGUUUGUUUGUUUGCAGUGAUGCCAUAGAAGAACCAUUCUGGGUUCCCCAAAGAACCUUUAGGUAAACAGUUCUUAAAAGAUACAUUUUUUUUUCUUCCUGUGAAGAGCAUUUUAACGAUAUAAAUAAACUUUUUACACUAGAAAGAACCUUUUUGAAAAAUGUAUGUUAAAGGUUCUUUAUGGACCCAUUUAUGCCAAUAAAGAACCUUUAUUUUUAAGAUUGUAUAAGAGUCCUUAUAAGUCCAGCCCUGUUUUCUCCAUUUAAGAAUGAUUAGUACAAAUUCAACUAAUGCUUUUUGUCCAUUUGAGAGGAAUGUAUAGAAAUGUUGUCAGGAUAACCAAUGGCACUCUCAUCAUGUGAAAGAAUUAUUCAACCCAUAAAAGCAAAAGUGAAAUAUUUAUGAAUUGUAACAUUAUAACAUUAUAACAGGACUGUGUAUUUGAGGUGCUACUGUGUUAUUUAUUUAAUCAGAGGGCUUUCUGACACACUUCAUCCCUCCACAGGCAGUUCAUGCUGUCUGGUUUCCAUGAUUACACCAGAUGUUUACAUUCUUGAGAAUAUUUAUGGUAGUCUUGUACAUGGGAAGAUAAUCAACCAUGAAUAAAGUUUUCUUUUUUUUUUGUCUU